AUUCUCAACAAUAUAUAUCUGUUAUGAUGUUCACUGCACAUAUUCAAUGCUUAGAAACUCUAAUUUUCGAAACCCAAACUUUAAAAAAUAGAAAAAAAAAUUGAGAAUGGUGGGGCUAAGCCUUGUAGCAGUCCUAAGUCUGCACAUAAAAAAUCCAAACCUAAUUGUAAUUGGAGUAUUCAUCUACGGAAGUCUUCUGCGAGUCAUCUUCACCCAUGGAGGCGGACAGUCAUGCGGCUAGAUGGAGGCGGUGAGUUGGAGUGCGGCCGUGCAGUUAGAUGGCGGCGGCUGGUUGGGGACGAAGGGUGGCACCUGGAAGGUGGCGGCUGGUUGGGGACGAAGAUCAGGGCAUGGGAGACGACGCGUAGAGUUUGGGACGACGGCGGCACACAUGGCUCUCCGACAGCUAGACGGCGAAGACGGCUGCUUAUGGGCGAAUGGCGGCACCUGGGAGGCACUGCUGGUUGCGUACGAAAGGCGGGGCUGGUUGCGGACGAAGGGUGGGGCUUGAGAGGCGGCGCACCAAGCUUGGGAUGACGGCGGCGCACAUGGAUGAUGGCUCUCCGGAGCGAGGCGGCAGGUGGCCAUGCAGCAGGACAGUGGUGGCAGGCGGUCGUGGGAGGCAGAUGUGCGGCUAAGGCUAG